AUCUCUCGAUAGUCCAUUCCUAAUUCCUAAGCAGGCUGGCAACACGAAGAAGCAACGAGAAUUUUGAACAAAACAAAUAUAUUGUGUUAUUUGUUGAAAAUGGACAUAGCAAAAGUUUGCCGUAUUUGUGCCAACAAAAUCAAGAACUCGAAUACCGAGCGCAACAUAUUCAAAUACAUGCGUGGAAAAUUACUGACCCACCUGAAGCUGAUCACUGGUGUCGAGUUGACUUCCGACCAAGGGCUGCCAGAGGGUGUAUGUGAGCGAUGCCAGUCGGAAUUGGACUUGGCGAUGAAGUUUCGUGAGCGAUGCAUUUUUUCCCAGAAAUAUUUGCUGGACAUAAAGCGGAAGGAGGAAAAAGUUAAAACCACCCCGGCUGAGCUGGAGGAGCAGCUAAUCGAUGCUGAUUUUAUAAAAGCGGGGGGAGAUUUUGAGGUCUGCGACGUGGAAAACUACGAUGACGACCUCUCGCCCGACGAUGAUCCCGAAGCCUCUGUUAUGGCCGCAGCAGAGGCAGCCCACCAGGCGGAAGUGCGGGAGCAACAGUUAGAACGGGCGGCUAAAAGAGACAGAAAUUUCUUCAUAUGUGAACUUUGUGGGCACUUCUUUAAAGAUGAGUACCUAUACAAUGAUCACAAAGAAGCGCAUGAGUGCCGCAGGGAAGUGAAGGACUUCUUUCCAUGUAGUGAGUGUUCACUAAAUUUUAAAAAGAGGACCCUUUUAAGGCAGCAUCGUGCUCAGUGCCACACUGAUAACGCCACGUUCAAGUGCUUCACUUGUGGCGAGAUUUUCCUGUCUAAGGGAGAUAAGCUGCGUCAUCAAAAAGCCCAUGAAAAUGAACGACCGUAUCCAUGUUUAGAGUGCGGAAAAGUGUGCCGCAGUAUCAGGGAACUCCAGGAACAUUGUGCCACCCACCCACCUCCAAAGCGAAAAUUCAGAUGUGAACCUUGUCGAAAGGACUUUGCUUCCCGCAAGGAUUUAAUGACACAUUCGAGGACUCAACUUCACAAGCGAUUGGUCAGAAAUAUGGAAGAAGAAAUUGAAUUCAUAUCUGAUAGCUAAAAAUAAAUGUAUGUUUAGUCUAAUUUAGUUCGCGAAAUGACAUCUUGACUGGACCAUUAUAGAAUUA